UUCAAGCACCACUUUGUAUUCCCUUCCCUCAAUAAUAAGACUUUUUCUCCCUGCUUCCACUCCAAAACCCUAACCAAGAUGAACGGAGAAGAUAAAAAUGAAGUACAGCAAGUGGAAACUCCGCGUAAACCACCCCGCCUAAACGAGAGGAUUCUUUCGUCUAUAUCGCGGAGAUCAGUUGCCGCACAUCCUUGGCAUGAUCUUGAGAUUGGACCUGAAGCUCCAAACAUUUUCAACUGUGUUGUCGAGAUACCAAAAGGUAGUAAGGUCAAGUAUGAACUUGAUAAGAAAACUGGAUUGAUCAAGGUCGACCGGAUUUUAUAUUCAUCUGUGGUCUACCCUCACAACUAUGGUUUUAUCCCUCGCACACUAUGUGAAGACAAUGAUCCCAUGGAUUGUUUGAUUAUCAUGCAGGAGCCUGUUCUUCCUGGAUGUUUUCUGCGAGCCAGAGCCCUUGGAUUAAUGCCCAUGAUUGACCAGGGGGAGAGAGAUGAUAAGAUCAUUGCAGUUUGCGUUGAUGAUCCGGAAUACAAGCAUUACAAUGACAUCAAAGAUCUUCCCCCCCAUCGCUUGACUGAGAUCCGUCGUUUUUUUGAAGACUACAAAAAAAACGAGAACAAGGAGGUUGCAGUCGACGAGUUUUUACCAGCAACCGCUGCUGUUGAAGCUGUCCAGUAUUCAAUGGAUCUUUAUGCGGAAUACAUCGUGCAAACCCUGAGGCGAUAGGCUG